UAUGAAGAAGAAGAAGAAGUAGAAGUAGAAAUCGAAGAAGAUGAUGAUGAAUAUGAUAAUGUUGCUAAUAAAAUUGAUGAAUUAAUUAAUAAAACAAGCGAUUUAAAACAAGAAUCUUGUUUAAAUAAAUCUGAAAUUGAUAAAAAAUUUAUAACAACAGAUAAUACUAAUCAACAACCAAAACAAAUUCAAACAGUAUCAUCAUUUACAAAUGAAUUUAAUAAAUCAAAUGAUGAUCAUAAUGUUGGUAAUAAAUUUAAAGAUGAAUUUGAUAUUAAUGAUGAUCAAAUAGCCGCAUCAUCAUUAAAACAUGCAUCAAAUAAAUGGAAUAUUUCUGAUUUAAAUGAUGAUGAUGAUAAUAAUGAUAAUCCUGUUGUUGCUUUCAAUAAAGGAAAACCACUUGUAACCAAUUUGGAUAGUGAUGAUGAUGAUGAUGAUUCAUUCAAUAAAUAUAGAACAAAAAAUCCAAUCAUACAACAAAAAUUAAAAAUACAUAAUGCUAUACAGGCUAAUAAAAAAAUGAAACAACAACAACAACAACAACAAUCCAAUAAUGAUGAUUAUGAUCAAGAAGAUGAAGAAGAAAUUGGUGAAAUUGAAGUUGCAUUAGAAGAAAAUUUUAUUGAAGAAGAAGAUGAAAAUGUUGAAAUGGAAGAUGAUGAUGAUGAUGAUGAACAAAAAAUUACACCAGAAAUGUUAUCCGAACAAAAUAAUCAGCAAUUACAACGAUUAUCAUUAUUUCGACCAACAAUGUUUGAAAACCAACGAUCAAUAUCACCAUCAAGUUUAAUAUUGGAACAAAUUUAUCAAACAAUUUUGGAUAGAAAAAUUGAUCAGUUGCAAAUAUUAUUGGAAAAUAUGCCCAAUUUUUUUAUCGAUUCUAUACUAAGAUCUGGUUGGACUGCAUUAAUGUAUUCUGCAUAUUUUGCUUUUCCUGAAUUUGUUCAAUUCUGUUUGAAACGUGGUGCUGAUCCAAAUUAUUAUAAUGAUAAAAUGACACCUUUAUUGGCUGUUUGUUUAUCAAGAAAUACGAAUGAAACACAAAUAUUACAUUGCAUGCAGCUAUUGCUUGAUAAUGGUGCACGUUUGGAAAUCAAUGAUCAUUAUGGCCAUUCAUCAUCAUCAUCAUCAUUAUUAUUAUUACAUAAUGCUGCACGUUUGGGUUUAAAUAGAUUGAUUAAAUAUCUUUGUCAUAAUGGUAUCGAUAUUAAUCGUAUUGAUAAUCAUGGUUUUACUGCACUACAUUAUGCUGUUAUUGAAAAUCAAAAACAAGUAAUUGAAACAUUGCUGAAACAAAAAUUGAUUAAAACUGAUAUACAAAAUAAUGAUGGCAUGACUGCUUGUCAAUUAGCUAAAUCAAUGAAUAAUUAUGAAAUUGCUGAUAUUCUACAUCAGGCUAAUAAUAACAAAGACAUUUCAAAGGCGAUUCCAAAUAGCCAAUUACAACGAAAAAAAUUUGCUGAAAAUUUUAUUGAAAAUAUUAUUGCUGAUGCUGCUACAGUUGUUGCUGCUACUGCUACUGCUGCAAUCCAAAGAAAUGAUUCAAUAUCGUAUCGAACAAUGUUGGUUGAUGAUAAUUCCUAUAAUAAUAUUGGUCCAGAAAUUAAAAUUGAUUCAUGUCCAACAUUAUUAUCAUCACAAUCGAUUGAUGAUAAUGAAAAUGAAAAUAAUAAUAAUGAUAAUGAAAUUGUACCAGAAUUCGCUCUGAAUACACAGAUAACUGAUCUUUCCAAAAAAUAUUCAAUCGAUUUAUCAUCUAGUUUACAUCCAUCAUCAGCAGCUAAUAUUCAUCAAUAUGCAAUCAAUAAUAAUAAUAAUGAUAGAGUAAAUGGUCAAUGGCAAAUUUUAUUUGGUCAUCUUUUAUUAACAUUUUUUGUUUAUGUUUUAUAUAAAACAAUACGACAGAUAUUUUUCUGAAUCAGAAAAAAAAGUUAAUUUUAAUAUUUCAAUCAACUAAAUUAAUCAACGAUUAACACAAAAUUCAAGAUUCAAUCACCAUAUUACAGAAUCACAGAAUUAUUAUUAUU